CACUUGCAAUUAAAAAAUACAACAACAAAAAACAAAAUGCUUAGAGAAUAUUAGAGCAAUGUGUGAUAAUAAUAAAACGCACAACAAAUUUACGCUAAAAUUAGCAGCAAACUACACAGACAGCGAGGCUUAAGACAGCAACAACAACCACAACCACAACAACAGCUACAACAGUACCAAAAAGACAACUCACGUACACGUCACGACAAAUUGGAGGCAUUAAAAAUGUAUUGCCUGCAGUGCCUGCUGCCGGUGCUGCUCAUACCGAAGCCCACGAAUCCAGCGCUCAUGCAAACGCACGUCAUGUUUAUAGUGCUGUACCUGAUUGGCUUUUUCUUGGAGCGCAAGCCAUGCACCAUCUGCAGUUUGGUGUUCAUAACCGCCGUCUCGCUCAUCUGCUACAGCGGCGUUGGGAACUGCAUUUUCUGGUCAUCCUGCGAGGGACAUCAUUGCGAGAAUGGGUAAUCAAACCAAAUGUUUGGCUGGUAUGGCGUGCGUAAGAGAAAGGAGUGCUAAAUUCUCAUUGAGUUCAAGUUGCUACCAUCUAUAUAAAAUAAUGGUUAACCAACAUUUCAGUGAUAAAAGUGAGUGAGUCAACAGAUUCCCCCUUAAGGUGGCGCACAUGUGUACACACGUACAUAAAUAAUGUCUUUACCCCACCAUGUAAGCCAAUAGCCAUCUCCAAACCCGACGCGAUCGUCUCCCGUUCCCACAGCUGGUUCUACAUAAUGUAUUUUAAUUUUUAAUUUAGCUAAUUGCUCCCAAUGCUCGAACGUCGCCCCCCAUCCCUGCCAUCCCGUCCUGUUUUAAUUUGUAUUCAACUGUUUUUUAGUCUAAGAACGAGAUCAUAAAUGUAUUGUACAUUUGUUUGUUGGUAAUGUGGUUAGAGGCAACGCACGCCAAUGCAACCUACGUAUAGUCAUAGUAUGUUAAAAAGCUUAACUCUUAAUUGUAAAGAAAAACAAAUGCAAAUUUCAAAUGCUCUGCGUCGUCCUUGGACGUCGAUAUCGGUUGUUUCCCCCUGUCUUGUGCACUUGCUAAUUGUAUAUAUACAUACAUUACACAUUUAUUGGAGAUAUAUAUAUAUUUAUGCUAUUCAAAUGUAUAAACAAAACCAAUGCGAGAAAGAGUUAAUCAAUAAAUGUUUUAAUUUAUUACGAAUUUGAUAUUCGUAAUAUUUACUUUAAGCAACGACAGGUUUUACCUAUUUGUUGGACAUACGAGAUUGAUAAAAACCGAAACGCGAACUCUAGAACUCUAACGUAACGAAAACUUAAACGAAAAACAUGUUUAGAACUAUGUAUUAUA